AUGCUUUCUGGCUACUUUUUCGUAUUCUACAAGUUUUCAGGCUUUUUUUUUUCACUAAGUUCACGCCUGUUUACGCUUUUCACUUUAACGGGUGCGCAACUUGUUAAAUUGGAAAUAUGGAGGCUAGUGACUCACUGUAUAUUCGAGCGGAACAUUGUACUGUUUUUAUUUGCUUUGUAUUCGGUGUAUCGAUCAGCUGUGUUGUUUGAGCCACUUUGGGGUAUUCAGGAAUUUCUGAGGUUUUUUGGUAUUGUUCAGAUCUUGUCAUCAUUUUUAGUCGCAGUUAUAUCUCUAUUGACUUAUGUGGUAAUCAAGGAUGACUUUUUCUUUUUUGACGUCCAGAUUUAUGGACCUGCCGCAUUCAGUGUCGCAGCUUUGGUUGCUGUAAAGCAGUAUUUGCCAGAUUCGAUACUCUUAACUACUCCAGUAGGUAGAUGUAAAAACACACAUUUGCCCGGAAUAGCUGUAUUUUGUGGCUGCAUUGCUGCUGCAUUUGGUUUUUUGCGAUGGAUUGCUGUUCUACAGAUCCUUUUCGGCAUCCAAAUAGCAUGGACGUAUUUGAGGUUUUAUCAGUAUCACGAUGAUGGAGAGCCGAGAGGCGAUCCCAGUGAUCACUUCGCUUGGGCUACUCUAUAUCCAUCGAAACUGCAGCCUUGCAUGAAUUCAAUUGCAUCUGUUUUCUAUAGAAUAUUAAUUAAGAUACGUUUAUGCAAGCCAAUAAUACGGCGUAUCGACGUAUCUCGACUUGAAUCUAUUAGUAUACUUCCAACUUCGCAAUCUAAAGAGGCAGAGCGAAAACGACAAAAGGCAAUAAGGGAUUUAACCGAACGUUUGAGCCGUUCGCAGAGAGAUGAUACGGGUAACUGGCCAGAGAUGGAAGUCGAGGGCGAAGAAGUUGAAACUAAGGAAAUGGCGUCUUCUGUAGAACUGGUAAAUUUCAAUUUUAAGUCAUCAGAAGGAGGAACUAAAGAUGAUUCAAGUGCCAGUAAAGUCGGCAAUACUGUGAUCGAAGCUAAGGAUAUGCAAGAAGAAUGA